GGCCGAAAUAUGGGCCAAGCUCCGUCCUGUUCUUGCAGAUAUCUCUGGUCUCGAAGUUAACGAGAUCAACGAAACCGACGCUCUGGCAGAUAUUGGCAUCGACUCUCUCAUGGGCAUGGAGAUGUCGCGCGAAGUUGAGACCACAUUCGCUUGCACUCUCGAACAGUCCGAGGUGGUCGGCCUUACCGACAUACACGGCAUCCUCGAUUAUCUCCAGACGACGCUCGACCGCCGAGAUGGGGCCAGCUCUUCGACAUCCUCCGAGGAACCUCCGUCGGAGGACAAUUUGCUGAAAGAAGGCGGUUUCGUGACGUCCUCGCCAGACUCGUCUUCGGACUAUGUGAUACUGGACGACACGAAGGAUAGCGACCUGGAACUACCGCCAGCUGUUGUGCUUGAUUCGUUCCGCGAGUCGAGUUUGCUCACGGACCACUUCCUCAAGACUCGUGGAUGCGCCGGCUACCUCAGUGGUGUGUCUCAGAAGCAGACUAGGCUCUGCCUCGUGCUCAUCAGCGCGGCGUUCAAGCAGUUGGGCUGCGACCUCAAGGCGGCCCAGGCUGGCGAUGUCUUGCAGCCCGUCCCGUUCGUGGCUAAGCACCAGCGAUUCCGCGACUACCUGUACAAAAUGCUGGAAGAGACGCGAAUCAUCGAUAGCGAUGACGGAGUCAUCACCCGCACGGCCAUACCGCUCCCCUCGCAGACUGCAUAA